AUGGCGGGCGUGGCGACCGCACGCGACGUGGAGGAGGUCAUCCAGAAGCUCCACUCUGACCGGGCCAGAGUCCGCGAUGUGAGAACCCCUCUUCUCACUCAGAAACGAACAAGGAUUGCUGCCUGCUUCCUUCCUGACCAAUUCCUUCGUGUACCGCAGGAGGGGGUGAAGCUGCUGGGGACAUGGCUGCAGGGUGACCGCGCUGCGUCCUUCUGCCGCCUCCUCGGCCGCAACACCUCCAGGUUCAAGCCCGGCCACGGGAACCUUACCGGCGCCUCCACGUGGCCGCUCCUCGUCCUGGCCCUCAUCAACUGCGUCAAGGAGGACAUCUCGGGUAAGAAGCGCGGCGCCACCAAGAGCGCUGCCGCCCGGAUGUUCCGCGUUGCUGUCCAGUGCGCGGAGGACGUCAAGCUAUCAGGGCAUUCGCUACUUUUGUUCUCAGUUGCUAAGCAACUUUUCAUUCAUAUAUGGGAGGUCAUAAAAGAUGGCCCCAGCUUUCAGUUAGAGUACAGCAUAAUUCUUAGACAGCUUCUAAAUGUGAAGGAGUACCGCUAUCAGAUGAAACCUCGAAUAUAUAGCAAUUUUGUAUCACUCUACAUGAAGAAGGUUGCUACUGGUUUUGAUGCAAAAUUCAGCAAUCAGGCGAGCUCCAAGGAUGAAUCCUUCCGCUGUACAUUGACACUUCACGUUCUACUUGAAAACCCACCGGGUGAUUACCCCGAUAUUAUGCGGGAGGAGGUUCUUAACGGAUUUAGUGCAAUCUUCUUACAUAUUAGGGAGGAGGGAAAGCUGACUCGCAAACUUAUGGAAUGCAUUAACACCUUUUUACUAAAGGAUGGGCCAAACCUGGGAUACAAAUCUGUGAAGAUCCAUAAUGCAGUUCAAGAGUUUAUAUUCCGUUGUUGGCUGGCAACUCAUGAUCAGGCCUUGAAGAGUUUGUUCAUAACCUAUGCGAAAGUUCAGCUGAAGAUUGCCAGGAAUUUUCCAGAGAUUUUGGAAAAACUUGUUGACGUCAUCAUUAAGGAACUAGACAAAAAUGUUAACACCGGACCUGGUGUUCUAUGGUGUGAGGCACCACGAGAUGAGAAAGCUGUGUCCUUAAGGUGCUUCCAAGAGGAAUGGAUGGAUCUCUCUGCUACUGUUUUUUAUCUGGCCUGCAGAUGCACAAUGAAGAGAGCAAACAGGGAGAAAAGGCUGAAGACAGAACAUAUUAUGAACCUUAUCGUUGAUGGCCUUUUUAGAGGAUCUUUGUUUUGGAGCGGUUCCGUUUGUUUUCUGAUUCACAAGUAUGGAUAUCAUAUGGACAAAUCUUUGCUAAUUAGUUGGUUUGAAGCAAGUUGCAAAGCUUUGAGAAGUAUCUUGAGCCAUGCAAAUGCCAUACGAUUUCAGGAUUCUCUACUCUGGCUUCUCAGGACAUUCAUGGAGUUCUCUACAGUGCUCAUGUUUAACACUAGGGAGAAAGUACAAUUUUGUUUAACAAAAGGCGAGAUGUCAAUUGUUGAAGAUUGUUGGCAAGCCGUAUGGAAUUCCCUUGUUCACGCACUUCCAUUGUUAAGCAGCAUAGAUCUACUUGCUGAUUCAGCUCUGAUUUUGCUGGGUGGAAUGAUCGUGCAGAACCAAGUUCAUACACCAUUUCUAUCAGAAGAUACAUGGAACCUGCAAAUAUUUAAACAAUUUCCAUCGCCGUCUGCUCUGUAUUUUGUUGCCUGUUACUUCUCAAGGAUAGGCUUUCAGGGUGACUUAUCCAAUUCUAUCUUUGUUCGGAAGACUCUGCUAAGGUCAACUUUGGAGUUAAUUCAUUCAAAGGAAUUCUCUCUUUUGAAUGAACAAAAUGUUGUUAUCAUUCCUGAAGCUAUUUUCUCGCUGUGUGCUGGUUUUUCAUCAUCAGCAAUUAAUUCAUCGGAUGUAUUGCAACUGUUUGGUGAUUGUAAAAUUUAUUCCAAGAUGUCUCUUGAGGACGAUAACUGGGUUCUCAAAGAUGAACUACCUUACUCUGUGGAAGCUUUAUCAGAAAUCACUCUGGAUACUCGUACCAAGGUUAUGUCUCAUAAAGGCCACCGUAUACAUCUUCCUGGGACUAUCCAGCAACCAAUGCUCCUCGAGCUCAUGGAAUUCAUCAAAGGAUUUGUGGUCUCAAAUGAGCAGUUUGAGAAAGUGGACUUGAAAAAUCUUGUUCUUGUUUGUUCUCUUCUCUGCAAUCUGAUUCAUUGUGCAUUGUUGUCAAGGUCCAUGGAAGAAAAAUCUUCACUUUUGCAAGAGGCAGUAGAUUAUAUCACCAAUAUUUUAAAACAUAUUGUGUCAUUUGUUAUGAAGAAGAAUGAUGGACUUUCUCAUGGUCUUACUAACCUAAGUUCAACAUUGGAUACAACGGGCUCUGCUUUAUCCUCGAUCAAGAGCUUACUGUCUUCUCCAAUAUUUAAUCUGUCAAGAGUUGAUAAUAGAGUUUGUUCUGUGGUUAUCAAAAGCAUUACUGAAUUACUUGAUGAACUCUUGGUUGCAAUUUCUCAGCUGUUUUGUCAGAUUUCUAGUUUAGUGAGCAAUUUUGAUGCAGAGAGUGCUGGUAAAGUGCUACCAACAUCCAGUGUCAACUCAGAGGACCUAAAUCCUAUUUUGGACUGUAAAAGUAGUGUUGCUGAUAUGGAUCUUGAUGUGAUGGACUCUGGUGAAGUAGAUUCUGUCACGGCUAGUGCGAGUGGAAGUAUGGGUAGCUUCUUACGACCUUUGGAGUGGAAGCUAGAUCUAGUUUGCAUUAUUUCAACUUUUUUCUCAGUUUCAUCACUUCGUACAUGGGAAAUUUUGUACAGCUUGGUGGAGAAAGAAAGUGAUGUGAAGGUUCGUCAGGUCAUCUUGCUUAACCUUUGCAGAAACAUCUCAGCGUCAUCUAAAACUGUAUCUUCAGUGGUCCAUCUUAUAAUUGAUAUGAGGAACAGAGGUACAAGUUCAUUACUUGGCCCUGCGGAGUGCUUAACUCAUAUACAUGCUUUAUUAAAAACAUUGAUAGCUAUCCGUGAUGGUGGGCAAAAUGCUGAUGGAAAGCCACCAGGACGCGAAGUGUUUUUCAUUGAGAACCAGGACAUCAUAUUUGACUUGGUAAAUAAGGCUACAGAGAUAAGUUCCGUAGAUUGGUUUUCUCGCAUCAAGCUCAUUGAUUGUGUCUCCUCCUUUGUUUGCCUGUUCCCUGAUGUUGCCCAGGAUUUGAUCGGAUGUUUGCUUGACAUGCUGCAUGAUGCUGAUUACCGUGUCAGGUUAUAUUUGGCUAGGCAAAUCGUCAUGUUAUUCCAAACAUGGGAAGGGCACAAUGAAUUAUUUAAUGAUGUUUGCUCAAGCAUUGGUGCCAAGAUGGUGAAGUUCUCAGAUAUUUCUCCAGUUACAGCUAGAGAAGUCUUGGCUGCUGGUCCACAAUCUGUUCCCGUAAUUGAAACUGCUCUCAUUACACUAGCUCACUUGGCUGUGCAUAGCGAGGAUGUUGAAGUUGAGUGUGUGUUCAUGAUUUCUGCUGCUGCUGCUAUAGAGCCUUCUCAGCGAGAAUUAGCUUUUGCGUUAUUUGAUUCCAUUUCAAGGAGGCUCGGUUAUGCUUCAAGAAGCAAGUAUCUGGACCAAGUGAUGGGCCCGAUUCUUUUUCGAUGGGUUGCUUGUGAGAUGAAUCUAGUUUCACUUGUUGAGGUGCAAGAAAUGUUUGGUUAUGGGUCUGCUGAGCCAAAGAACUUUGUUGAACAUUGUAGUUCAUGGCUUCUCCCUUUCCUCAUUCUCAGGGGUGAUGGUGCUGAUAUGAAUUGGAUAUCGAAGAUUUUAUCUCAACCUUUGUCAAUCAUUAUCAAGAAAUACUUCGUUCCAAUCUUUGGAUUGUGCAUUGCUGUCAGAUGUGGCACAGGGCCAGAGAAGGACUUAGCUGAAACUGUCUUAUGUGAAUCAGUUUUGCAGCUUGGUGAAAUUUCUGAGCUUGAGCGUGAUGAUCUCAUUAAAAAACAUAUGGUUGCGAUCGUUGCUUUUUUGCUCUCUGUUUCAUCAUCUGCUCAUGGGCCACAAAUUCCAUAUUUUUCCAAGGAGAAUGUUGCACUUUCAGUCAGAAUGGUUGUUGAUGGAUUUGUGGACACAAUGGAUGAUAAUUUGGCUGAUACAGUUGUUAUUGAUAAAAUUAAUAUAUUCCGUGCUGACAGAGUAUUUAAGUUCCUGUUGUCAAUACAUCAGCAAGUUGCAGAUGCUAGCCACCCCAGGCACAUGGGUCAUCGUCUUUGUGCAAUUGAGGUUUUAAUAGAUGUACUUGGACACAGGGUGGUUCUUGAGAGCACUUGCUUCUAUAUUAUCUCUAUAGUGGGGAACUAUAUCCAGCAAAAACCACUGCAAGGCCAGUGCUGUAAUAUUUUGUCUAAAUUGUUGGCUGCUUUUGAUGGAAACACCUCUGCUGAAACCCUGGAAGUGCUUGGCAGGCAGCUUCAGGUAGUAGUUCCAAAAUUAGUUAUUUCCUGCCUAAUCAAUGAGAAAGAAGAAAGAAGUGGUACUGAAGAUUCAUCAAGAGUUCUUUCUUUACUUCGUCAAUUGACAGUGGAGGCUGAUCCUCUGCUUUACGAUUACAUAAGAGAGUUAGAACCACUUCCUGAUCUUGAUUGCUUGAAAGAUGUACAGGAGUUUCAUGCUUCACUUUCUGCCUCGCAUUCUUCAAGAGAUCAGUUCUUAAAGUUUGUUAAUAAGGCUCCUUAUUUGCCACCGGAACUAUUUUUGUUGAGUCUUCGUGCGUAUCACAAAAAGUUAUUAUUGGGAGAAAUCAUCCGUAGAAGUGACCUAUCUGUGGCUGAUGCAGACAUGGUUAGCUGCUGGCCUAGCGACCCAGAUGUCAUUUCUGCUGUAUGGGCUCUUGUUGACCUUUGUAGCUCAUCAUCUAUAGCAAAUGAAGCCUCUUCGGUGCUUGCUGAUUUUAUCUCUAGGGCUGGUAUAUCUGAUGCACAUCAAGUAAUAUUCCGUCUGCCAACUCCUACCGAAAAUUAUCCUUUACAACUACAUACUGGUUCUGCUUCCAAGGAGGAUAAAUUAUCCAGAGACUAUGGUAUUUCUGAUGAUGUUUUGGUUGGGCUUCUGAAACUCUUGAAGACUUAUUUAUCUGAUGAAUCUGUUGAAAUAAUAGAUGCUGCUUCACAAACACUGAGGGGUAUUCUAUCAACAUCAAGGGGGCUCAAUGCUCUGCAGUUUCUUGAUUCUCUUGAUAGGUCUUUACUCAUGGUUCAUUCGAGAGGUGUAAACAUUCAGAUAGUUGAACAGACUAUAUCUCAAAUGGAACAGUGUGCUGGUGUUUCACUUGAAGAUGCAGAUGUGUGGCAAACUGAUGGUCGAACUUACAAGCAAUGGCUGUGCACCCUAGUGAGCUCACUUAUUUGUCACUGUGAUGACAUCAUCUUGAGACUCUGUAGGAGUCUUGUUUUUCUCAAAGUUAAGGCUGCUGAGCUUUUGCUUGCAAGUACUCUUGUGAACAUUGCUGGCAAUGUUGAUUCUGAUGCUGCCAUCUGCAGAUUAAUUUCAACAAAGGUUGAGAAAAUAAUUUUUUCUGACUCCAAUCAUUCACUGAAGUCAAUCCAUCUGUUUCUGGAUGCACUGAAUGUCAUUAGAUCUUUUUAUGUUGCUGAAAAAGCCAGUACUUUCCCUUCUAAUACUCUCAAGGAUGGUAGAUCUGCUAGAUCAAAAAGUCGAUCACCGGCGACAACCCCAUCAUCAUCAUGGAAGAGGGUAUACUGGCUUUCUGUUGAUUAUCUUGUUGCUGCCAGAGCUGCUAGUCGAUGCUCAUGUGACUUUGCCGUACUAAUGUAUGUUGAGCUUUGGUGUGAGGAACAAUUCAAUAGGCUGGCAUUAGGACCUCCAGAGUUUUCCCACGAAGAGUCGUUGCCACCACAUGUUGGUCUGUUGGUUGCUGCAUUUACUCGCAUAAAUGAACCGGACAGCAUUUAUGGGCUCACACUUGCCAAUGAGAUAGCAUCUCAGCUUAUUAGAUAUGAGCAUGAAGGUGAUUGGAGUAGAGCACUUGAAUACUACGAUUUACUCGUAAGGUCAACGCCAAAGGAGCACCUUGGCAAUUUAACUGGGUCGGUGUUGACUGGACCGUCAACCGUGUCUUCUAGAGCAGAAGAUACAACGUUGAACUGGAAAAUGCACAAAGGUCUUAUGAGAUCCUUGCAGAAAACUGGAUGUAGUCAUGUGCUUGAUGUCUACUGUGAAGGUUUAACUCACCAAAAAGGGUGUCUUCAACAAGACGCAGAGUUUAUUGAUAUCCAAUAUGAGGCCGCUUGGAGGGCAGGAAAUUGGGAUUUCUCCUUUUUCAUUCCAUAUUCUUCUUGGUCUUCAACCCGCACUCGAAGUUACUGUCUUUUCAAUGAAAAUUUACACAGUUGCUUAAGAGCUUUGCAGAAUGGUGAUUCUGAGGAGUUCCAUGCAAAACUUAGUCUAACCAAGAUGGAUCUUGUCUUGGCUUUGUCAAACACUAGCAAGGAGAGCACGAAAUACAUCCACUCUACCAUCCUUAAAUUACAGAUUCUAGAUCAUGCUACUAUGGUUUGGGACCUGCGUUGGAACCUUAAUCCCAAUCAAACGUCAAAAUCUCCCAUAACCAAGGAAUUUUCUCACAUAUCUUCUGUCCCUACAGGGAUACAGUUGGAGCUGCUGGAUAAAGAGUGGAACUUAAUUGUGUUCCAAGCAGAACGGAACCUUGAUCUUUUUGAACCUUUUCUGGCAUUUAGGCGUGCCCUCCUUAGGAUUUUAGGUUGUGAAGAACAUCUUGUAAAACAUUUAUUUCAAUCUACUUCUGCGCUCCGGAAGGGAUUAAGGUUUUCUUUGGCAGCGGCAGCUUUAUAUGAACUCAAGGAACUUUGUUUACACAGAGAUGAGGGCACUAUGCCAAAUACCUAUUUCCUUUCACGGCUUGAAGAGGCUAAAUUGCUCAGAGCUCAAGGGCAGCAUGAUAUGGCUAUUAGUCUUGGAAAAUACAUACUACAGAAGCAUUCUGACAAGAAAAACCUGUCAGAUGUCUAUCGAUUAGUUGGCAAGUGGCUGGCUGAAACAAGAUCAAGCAACUCAAGAACUAUCAUUGAGGACUAUUUAAGACCUUCUGUAGAUCUCUCUGAAUUUGAGAAGAGUACAGAUAAAAGGUACAUGUCCAGGCAGUGUCGAACACAUUUCCAUCUGGCACAUUAUACAUAUAGUUUGUUCAGAAGCUACGAGGAAAGACUCUCAUCCAACGAAUGGCAAGCAGCUCUGCGAUUAAGGAAAUACAAGACUAGGGAGUUGGAGACACUGAUUAAAAGACUGAGAAGUUCAUCUAAGGGUGUAAAGACUGAUUACUCGGUAAAAAUCCAAGAGUUACAGAAACAACUUGCACUUGACAGAGAAGAAGCAGAGAAGAUUCAGGAUGAUCGCGAUAAUUUCUUAAAUCUAGCUCUUCAAGGCUACCAACGUUCCAUUGUUGUUGGUGGCAAAUAUGACCUACAAGUGGUUUUCCGGUUGGUCUCGCUGUGGUUUAGUCUUUUCUCAAGGGAUCAAGUUGUGAAAGCAAUGUUGAAAACAACAAAAGAGGUCCAAACCUACAAGUUCAUACCACUGGUUUAUCAAAUUGCUUCGAGACUUGGGAGCUCCAAAGAUGCUCAGGGGUCAACUAACUUCCAGAUUGCAUUAGCUUCUCUUUUGAAGAAAAUGGCUGUUGAUCACCCAUAUCAUACAAUAUUCCAGCUUUUGGCUCUAGCAAAUGGUGAUCGUGUCAAAGACAAGCAAAGAAGUAGAAGUUCUUUUGUUGUAGAUAUGGAGAAGAAGCUUGCUGCUGAAAAUUUGUUAAAGGAGCUAUCUUCCUGUCAUGGACCUCUAAUUCGUCAGAUGAAACAAAUGGUUGAGAUCUACAUUAAGUUAGCAGAACUGGAGACCAAGAAGGAGGACACUAACAAAAAAAUUCCACUGCCCAGGGAGGCCCGCAGCAUUGGUCAGCUUGAACUAGUUCCAGUUGUGACUGCUACUGUUCCUGUUGAUCCUAGCUGUCGUUAUGAAGAAGGCUCCUUUCCACAUUUCACUGGGUUGGCUGACUCUGUUAUGAUCAUGAAUGGAAUUAAUGCUCCCAAAGUUAUAGAAUGUUUUGGUUCAGAUGGUAACAAAUACCGCCAACUUGCAAAAUCUGGAAAUGAUGACCUGCGACAGGAUGCUGUGAUGGAGCAAUUUUUUAGUUUGGUAAAUACAUUCUUGCAAAAUCACCGAGAUACUUCUGAAAGGAGAUUGAGAAUCCGUACAUAUAAGGUUGUUCCUUUCACCCCAAGUGCUGGUGUUGUUGAAUGGGUAAAUGGUACUGUUCCACUUGGUGAUUAUCUAAUUGGGAGUACUAGAACUGGUGGAGCACAUGGACGAUAUGGAAUUGGGGACUGGACAUAUCUUCAAUGCAGAGAGUACUUGAUGAGUGAAAAGGACAAAAGGAGGGCAUUUCUUAAAAUCUGCGACAACUUUAGGCCUGUGAUGCACCACUUCUUUCUUGAGAGAUUCUUGCUGCCUGCAGAUUGGUUCCAAAGUAGACUUGCUUACACAAGGAGUGUAGCAGCAAGCUCGAUGGUAGGAUAUAUCGUCGGUCUUGGGGAUCGCCAUUCCAUGAAUAUUCUCAUCGACCAAGAUACAGCUGAGGUUGUACACAUUGAUCUUGGUGUUGCAUUUGAACAGGGUCUCAUGCUUAAAACACCUGAGCGGGUUCCAUUUCGGUUGACAAGGGAUAUUAUAGAUGGCAUGGGUGUUACUGGUGUUGAAGGUGUGUUCAGAAGAUGUUGUGAGAAAACUCUCUCUGUCAUGAGGGCAAAUAAAGAAGCAUUGCUCACUAUUAUUGAAGUUUUCGUUCAUGAUCCUCUAUAUAAAUGGGCACUCUCACCACUGAAAGCCUUACAGCGUCAAAAGGAAACAGAUGAUACUGAUUCAUGUUUGGAUGACUCCCAAGAGGCUUAUGAGGGCAAUAAGGAUGCAGCUCGUGCUAUACUCCGUGUUAAGCAGAAGUUGGAUGGAUAUGAAGAUGGCGAGAUGAGAAGUGUGCAGGGCCAGGUCCAACAACUCAUACAGGACGCUGCGGAUGUUGAUCGGUUGUGCCAAAUGUUUCCAGGGUGGGGACCUUGGUUGUAA